AUGUGGAACGAGUUGAAGAAAGUCUUCUUAGCCCGAUAUUUCCCACCUAGUAAGACGACUAUGCUAAAAGCCCAAAUAAACGGGUUUAAACAAAAGGAUAAUGAAUCACUUUUUGAAGCUUGGGAGAGAUACAAAGACAUGAUGAGGCUUUGUCGACAUCACAGUCUAGAAGAAUGGCUGAUCAUUCACACCUUUUACAACGGUCUCUUGUACAAUACAAGAUUGACAAUAGACGCCGCCGCAAGUGACGCACUGAUGGAUAAACCAUACAAUGAGGUCUAUCAACUCAUCGAAAGUAUGGCCCAGAAUCAUUACCAAUGGGGAAGAGAAAUAACCUUUGUAGAGAAACCUCAACCGAAGGGCGACAUGUACGAAUUAAGCAAUCUUGACCAUGUUAACACCAAGGUAGAUGCUCUGACUCAGAAGAUAGACAACUUGACCAUAACACCAGCAGCCACCGUGGCUGCCGUAGCACCAAACUGUGAGAUAUGCGAAGCUCAAGGGCAUACUGUCCCAGAAUGUCAACUCUUGACAGGAACCUCCAUAGACCAGGUGAACUAUGCUCAAGGAAACCCUUACUCAAACACCUAUAACCCAAGUUGGAAGAACAAUCCUAACUUUUCGUACAAAAAUAAUAAAGCAUUGUAUGCACCUAACCAAGCACCUGUUGUACCACCAGGAUAUCACAAAGCUGCCUCAAAUACUCAAAAUGCUCCUAGGAAAUCAAACUUAGAAAUAAUGAUGGAAAACUUUAUAGCUACCCAAGCCCAAACAAAUAAGGAUUUCCUAAAUCAAAACAUACGCACUAGUGAGCAAAUCAAGCAGUUAGCAAACAAGCCGCAACCAAACCCGAAAGGCCAUGCAAAUGCUAUUAUACUACGAAGUGGGACAGAACUAGACGGACCGACCGACCCUAGAAGUCAAAACUCAUCCAUGCAUCAAGACCCAGGUAAGGUAACUGAGAAGGAAUGCGAACAAGAGGAAGAUAAAAACGAAGAGGCCAUAGAAAAAGAAGAACCUUAUGUGCCUCCACCACCAUAUAAACCCAUAUCCCUUAUCCUUAAAGACUUGUUAAAUCUAAAAGUGUAG